CUAAUUGUCGCGGUAGAUUCAAAAUGUUGCAUCUGGUAUAUUUCUCAGUCAAUGUUCUGGUAUUGAAGAUAAAUCCUCAGUCAAUACUGGAUGAUCAACUAUCGCUUUUGGAUUUUUAAAGUCACUGCGUUCACAGUGUUGAAUAAAAUAAAUCCACAGUCAAUCCAUGCUUUUUUGUUUUACCUGGAUUUGAAUUUACCGGGAUUUUGAAAUGUCUCGUUGCGUAGAACAAAUGCCAUGUGCGUAGGGAACGUAGCAAACAAAAUUGUAAGGUUACAAGUUGCGGCACAGACGGUAAUUUUAGUGCUGUAAUUCUUCGCGGUUUUCUCAAGAGACACUCGUUGAAAGGUAAAGACUUUUGAGAUCUAAAGAACUUUGCUAUGACAGCGAAUGGGAGUGAUUGGAAAUUCAAAACUCGUGUAAAAAAAAUGCUGAUCGACAAGGGCAUCAUAGAUCCAAAAUCCCAGUGGAAAAAUGAAAGAAAGAUGUUACAUAGAUUCAAAAAUAAUUCUCUUGACACUCUCAAACGGAAUGAAGAUGUUGGGCUCGUCAAACAGGAACAUACCUCUAACACUGUUACACCUGCAGUGGCUGAUGCCACACCUACAAACCGAUCUAAAUUGAAUAACAAUCACGAGAUAACAAGAAAGCAGAAAGUGGAAAAAAAGAAGAGAAGACUCAAAUCUUUGAAAUCUAGUUAUAACGAAUUGACCGUGAAAAAGGCAACGCCAAUGAAGAACAAAAAGCAGCGCCAAAGAUUGGUCACACCCAAACAGAACCAACCGUUAAAUUCUAUUAAAAAUUCAAGUUUCCAAUGUGUAGAAGAUGAGAAGAGCAGCCAAAACUCUCCAUUUUCUAGAAAGUUGAAGAUAUUUGGAGAUCCAACUAUGUUAAACGGAACUCCAACAUACAUUUCUAAGUUUCCUAUGUAUGAAUCACUGACGCCAAAUUAUACCAAGGAUAAAAAACAGCCUAAUGGGCAUGGGAGCAUUUUGAAUGAACUUUUUUCUGAUGCAAAACAUUCAGACUGUACUAUCGUUCAAAAUAUAGCAAUGAACACACAAAGUGGAGACCAAAGUGUUGAAGAUGUAAUUGACGACUCUGUAAAAUCUCCAGAGCCAAGUGUUGAAACUGAAGACGCUCGAAUCUGGACUCAGCAAAGAAUUCCAUUGCAAAAUAACAGAGAUGACAAAGAAGAAGAAGAAGAAAAGGACUUUGUUGAAGAAGAAGAAGGUUGCGAUUACGAAUCCGAUACUUCUUUCAUUUUGCAGGAUGAAGAAUCUGAUUCCAAUCAAAUAAACAACGAUUUUCCUCUCCAAUCAAUCAUCGAAGAUUCAGAACUAUUGGACAUCAACUCGAGUGUUAAACCACAGUUUUACAGCCUCCAAAAUAAGGUAAUAGCAUCAAUGAACCCUUCAUGUAAAUUUUACUUUAAUGGAAAACUGCGUGUCAAAGUCUUAAUUGGGAAAGUUGAGAUCUAUGGUUAUAUCAUUAGCAAACAUCAGACUAUAGAACCUGCUGAAAUUUACUCUCCUAGAGGAUCGAGCCUUGUCAGCAUUGAAACGUACGGCGAACCUGAUGAAGGUGGGACAGAGAAUCUGUGUGAUUUGUUCACCAAUGAAGGGAUAGAUUACAGUAUAGCGAAAGACCUGCAAGACAAAUUGAGGGACUUGCCAGUUGGUGGAGCCAUUAUUAUGCUAGAAAAUUUAGAGAACACAUUAACAAAGUUCCUAGACCAUCACUACCAAUUCAAGCUAUUCCCAAAGAUCGAAGAUGUAACAAAUUACCUCAAUUCACACCCCAAAAGAGCCGAGAAACUGUUACAGGUGAUAUUCCAAUACAACGACUCGGUAGGAAGGAAGCUAAAAAAAGAUCAAUAUCGAGAAGUAAAUAUUCAGAACCGAUUUUUGGAACUUAGUUCAAACACAAACGGUCCUCCUCCACGGAUAUUAAUCGCUGGAGGUAAAAGUGUUGGAAAAUCUACAACCUUACGUUAUAUUGUCAAUGGUCUCUUGUCGGUCCAAAAGGAAAUCAUUGUUGUCGAUUUCGAUCCUGGUCAGCCAGAGUUUACACCGCCAGGUUGUAUUUCUUUGAACAUAGUAAGCCAGCCUUUGACAGGGCCAAAUUACACCCACUUACGGAUGCCGUUUCAUCAGCUUUUCAUUGGCGACAUAAAUGUUGCUCAUUGCGUUCCACGCUACACAAAAGCUGUAAGAAGUUUGGUCGACUAUUUGAACAAAUCUCCAAGAUUACAGGGUCGUACAGUCGUCAUCAACACAAUGGGAUUUUGUGAGGGAAUCGGUUGGGAUCUGAUGGUCUAUGUUGUGAAAUUAAUUCAGCCAUCGAGUAUUUUACAAAUUACCAGCGUGAGAAGCAAGAACAAUUAUCGAUGGCCACUCAGCAGCGAAGUGAUCAAUGAGCAGUCACCGACCCCCUUUACGGUUGUGGACGACAAGAAUUCACCAUGGUGGUUACCGUGUAGUCACGAACUGCACAUCGUUCCAUCGCUUACCGAAACCAAAUCGAACUCUGGAGAUCUUUGGGAAAUGGAACCUCGCCAUCAACGUGAACUGACGCUCCUAGCUUACCUCAGUCAAAUCUGUAAGAAGGAUCCCUACAAUAAAAAAUUAAUCUUUUCUCCAGUGCCAAGAAUCCAUGAGACACCCCCCUACUCGAUCUCAAUGUCGAAACUAACCAUAUCAUUGACUAAAGCUUUUGUACCAGCAUCUCAUAUUCUGGCAACGAUGAAUGGUAACAUUGUUGCUUUAUGCGGAAUUGACCAUACUGCCGAUGAACCGCAGGACCCGCAUGUGUCAGAGGUUUAUCCAAAGACGUUAUUAAGGCCACCUGUAACGUCGACUUGUUAUGGCUUUGGAAUAGUCAGAGGCGUUGAUCUGCAGACUGGAAGAAUAUUCAUCAACACCCCUCUGUCCAUUAACGAGCUGACUUAUGUAAACUUUUUGGUGGGUUCGAUUCCCCUACCGAUUCAACUAAUUCCAUCGGACCAUCGAAACGCACCGUACUUCAGCGAGGAGGGCGCCGAUUUGCCAACAAGUCGCGAACCAAGACGCGGAUAUUUCCGGUUGAGACAACGCAACGAAAAUAAUUGAAAUCUCUCGACGAAAAAUCCAAAGAAAUAAUCCAACGGACGAGUAACAAAACGACAUUGGUGGGUAUAUAGAUUUAAUAGAGUGUUUAUAUUGGUACAAUAGUAACAUGAUUUUUCAAAUUUUCAUUGCACAACAAGAAUAGAUAUAUGGUACGAAAACAUAAAUUUCACUAACAUAUACCUCGAGGACCGGUGGCUUGACCGUAGUACGAAUGAUCUAAUGGUUACUGGAGCCCUGUGGGUAGUUUUAUCAAAAUUUCCGACUAGGUUUUGACCGUGUAGCAAAGAUGAUUUCGUAAGAAUGCUGACCGGCGCGUUUGACUCAGUUAGACCAGGAUCAUAACUAGGCGCCCAAAUAGCAGGGGUCCUCAAAUUAUACGUUAUACAUGCUUACAUAACUGUAUGAUAAAUUUAUAUUAUAAAACGUUAUAACGGUAUACGAUCACGUUAUAAAAGCACCUGGAAAUCGAAGAGCGUCUUACGCGUACACUAGGGUGGUCCUUAUUUUCCAUAUGUUUGAAUUUUUUUUUACAAUGGUCCUAAGUCGUUUCAAAAUAUAUUAAAAAAAAUGCCUGCCUUAAUUUUAAUAUUAACCCGUGCCCCACGGCAGUCGAAGUUUUAAGUGUAAAAAAAAUGUGAAAAUAUGAUCUCGUUCUUUGCAAUUUUGUAAGUCGUUAACAUAUAUACUUAUAAUUCUGGACUGUAUAGUUUCUUAUAGGAAAUUUAACGCUCUACAAAAAAGGUCUGUUAUGAUUUAUCGCUAACUUUAUCGGUUCAAUAGAUAUUCAAGAUCAAAGUCGAGUGUUUGUGCUUUAUCAAUUGCUUUAGUAAUUUGAAAGGCACAAUAAGGCUUUCUGACGGGCUAAAAAUCUUCAAUUGACCCGCAUUGUAAAAUUGCAUAUAAAACUCAGUGUAAAUUGUAAAUUUUUGUAGCAACGCUCUGCUGUACGUUAUCUUUGGAACGUGAAGACUAUUUAUUGCAAUGACAAAUUAACUCUUUGCGCUCGAGGCCAUUUUCGCUUGGGCGAACCAGAAACUUGCCUCUGAAUGAUUAAUUUGAGAUUAAAAAAUCUUACUAGCUAUACGAAGAUGAAUCAUUUUAUACUUCCGAAGGUUCGUUGUAAAAAACGUUUCGAUAAAAAUAAAUGCAAAUAAACAUCACCACCGGUAGCAGCGGUGAGCAAGAGUCACCUCUUGA